AUGUCCUACCCUUCAGAAAAGCAAAAAGAACCGGUGUACUCCUCUGCCGCGGACACUAGUCUGGGAGCACCUCCUCCAUCUUACGAAGAAGCCGUGCCGAAUGCCGCGCAAGACGCCCUACCAGAAUAUGGCAACCUAUUAGACAAUCUCCACGUAGAAGCCGGGCCCUCAUCAUCGACUACCCUCACAGCCGCAACACACAAGUUUCCGCCCUCGCUAAACUGCUACUUCCAAUGGGCCUUCACGCGAACCUUCAUCCUCGGCCCCUCCAACGAGGAGAAGCUCUUCGCAGCCUCGCCGCACGCGGGCUGGCGCACCAAGAAGCGAGAAAUCAUCCUCCACGACGGGCCCUCAAACGAGCACCCCGUACUCGCGACGAUCGGCAAAUCGUGGGCCGCGAAGGCUCAGACGCCUGCGACGAUUGCAAUCCCGCUCCGGGAAGAACGCGGCGAGACAACCGGGUUUAAGACGGAGAUUAGCGGGUUGCCGUGGAGUCUGGACCAGAGUUCCGCGCGCGUGUUUUCAAUGACAGUUGGGGGGAAAGAGACGGGAGGGGGGGAGGCGAGGACGGAGAGGUUUCAGUGGAGGGGCAGUCGGGGCGGGGAGGUCUCUGAGCUUGCUCACGGAGGCACGUAUGGGUGGAAGUUGGUCAGGUUGAAUGAAGUUGCCGAGGGCGCUGGGGGAAGUAGGCGAGAGAGGGAAGCUGGAUUCACGAGCGAUGGACAUGAGAUUGUUGCUCUCCUGGCGACGAAUUACAAGAGCUUAACGAAGGGGCUGAAGUUCUCGUUUGCUGGGUCGGGGCUGACGGGGGAGUUGGGCGAGAAGUGGGAGAUUGUUACAGUCGCGACUGCGUUGUGGACUUGGUAUACUCACAUUGAGGGCACUGAGGGCUCAUGA